AUGAUACAUAAUACAUUAAAAUAUAAUUUAUAUUAUAUCAAUAUAUCAAUUGGUUGGUCAAUUGCAUUAUUAUUAUCACAAAUUAUAACUCAACCAUUAGGUUAUAAUAGUUUAAUGAAUCCAUCGAUUACAUUAUCAUUAGCAUUGAUUAAUAAAUUAUCAUUUCAUUAUGUAAUUCCAUUAACAAUUAUACAAUUAAUUAGUUCAUUAUUAUCAAGUUUAAUGAUUUAUUAUCUAUAUUAUUAUAAUUAUAUUAGUAUCCAUGACAACAUAAAAUUGAUUAUAUUAAAUCAAUUUAUAAUAACACCUAAUGGAUCACAUUUAAUAUGUUUUAUUGAUCGUUUAUUAUUAACUAUCAUGACAACAAUAUUUAUUUUAUUAAUAAGGGAUGAAAGAAAUGAUAAAAUACAAAAAAAUUAUCGAUUAAUUUAUAUAAUUCUAUUCACAUCUGGACGAAUUACAUCAUUAUCAAUGAAUGCUGGUACAUCAAUUAAUCCAAUACGUGAUUUAGGUCCAAGAAUAACAAUUGCAUUAUGUGAAUUAGGUUUGGAUGCAUUCAAAAAAGAUCAUUAUUAUUUUUGGAUUCCAAUUGUAGCACCAUAUAUUGGUUCUAUUAUUGGUGCAAUAUUUUAUGAAUUAUUAAUUGGUGCUUAUUUAAAUAGAAAAACAGUUGAUAAAUUACAAAAUACUAUUGAAAUACCACAAUCACGAAUCAUUUCAUCAUCGUCACCAUCAUCAUCAUCUAUCGUCAAGUAUGAAUUCAAAUGUAUCAACACUUACCUCGUCAAAUGA